AUGACCCAGCAACAGUACCUCACAGACGAAGAGAUAAGCAAUUUCAUAGACGACUUGGAUCAUGACAAUAACGGAAGCGUGGAUUACUGGGAACUGGAACGCAAGUUGGAUGAGGUUCACAAAGAGAUACAACCGAAGGCGCAACCUCACAAUUUACACCAUGGAUCCCGUAGCGACGAAGCUCGACACGAGUUCCUUAGAAGCGUCAUCGGAACACGGGAGGACCACAUCAAACGCGAUGAUUUCGCAAAAUGUGUAAAGACUUGGGAAAUCCCGUCGUUGGAGCAGGAUCGAAAAGAAGCAAAAGAUGAGGACGAUUACUUGAAGCAAAUGUCAAUAUAUCGACAGGCACGCGCUUAUUGGGCAGUCAAAGGACCCGAGAUCGCAUUUCUCGGCCUAGUAUUAGCCUUCAUGAUCGCAUUCGGAGUCUGGCAACUAGUAAAAUACGUGACACACGAAAAGUACACACCAGCGUUCGGUUGGGGAGUGGUCAUAUCGAAGACUUGCGCGGGUGUGCUCUACCCAACAUUCUUCUUCCUCAUACUUUCCAUGUCCCGCUGGUUUUCGACUUUCCUUCGGCGGUUCUACUUCAUCUCACGAUUUAUAAACUGGGAUUUAUCCCAGUCGUUUCAUAUCAAAAUGUCCAUUGUUGCGCUACUCUUUGCAACACUGCAUGCCAUUGGCCACCUCGGCGGAUCAUUCGUUUUUGGAAGCAUGGCAAGCAGACAGGAUGCAGUUGCUGUGAUAGUCGGCCAUGACGGGGUUCCACGCUCGUACAUGGACUAUGUACGCUCUGUACCAGGGUGGACUGGAAUGACAUCUCUCGCCUGCUUCUACCUACUCGCGUUCAUGAGCAUGCCUCAAAUUCGAAAAUGGAGCUACGAAGUUUUCCAGCUUGGACACUUCCUCAUGUUCCCUAUCAUUGGUCUCAUGAUGGCGCAUGGCACCGCCGGUCUUCUACAGUGGCCAAUGUUUGGCUACUGGCUGGCUUUUCCUACGCUUCUGGUUAUCUUCGAACGCGGCUGGCGAUUUUUCUUGGGCUUCCGCCCCAUUGUGGCUGAUAUUGAGCUCCUUGAUGAGGAAACAGUCGCAAUCACAGCACAAGUGCCUACACAUCGUCCAUGGGACUACAAAGCAGGCCAAUAUGUCUUCGUUCAGGUACCCCAAAUAUCCCGGUUCCAGUGGCACCCAUUUACAGUUUCGACCUGCAUCAAUAAUACCAUGGGAGUCCAUGUCAAAGCUGAUGGUGACUGGACGAACAAGCUUCGAGAUAUGGCACAGCGCGGUCGGCGAACCACGAUCAAGAUCGGUCUCGACGGACCUUUUGGUGCACCAGCACAACGAUUUUAUGACUACAACUACAGCAUGGUUUUUGGCGCUGGUAUCGGCGUGACACCUUUCUCUGGCGUCCUAACUGACCUCCAACACCACGAGCUCCAACGUGGUACAUCCGGUGACACCUCUACCGAAUCUUCCGACGAGGUUGCCAAAGGCCAUUCUCCGUAUAUAGAUCAUCGUCGCGUUGAUUUCCACUGGAUGGUGCGCGACAAAAACAACCUGCUUUGGUUCUCCGACCUCCUGAACGAAGUAUCUCGCACCCAAGAUCUCAACCGCUCACAUCUCGACAUCCGCAUAAAAACUUACGUUACCCAGAAACGCAAGCAAAUCUCUCAACAUGUAUUUCGCUGGCUGCUCGAAAAACAUCGUACGGAUGAGUGCCCGCAAAGUCCAAUCACUGGGCUUGUGAAUCCAACGUAUUUCGGACGGCCGGAUGUGCGAGCGAUCCUGGAGGAGCACUACACUGAUAUGUGUAAAGUCCUGAGCGAACGUGUAAACGAAAAAGACGACAGAAAGAGAGGCGAAGUUAAAGUCGGUGUGUUCUUUUGCGGACCGCCGGUUAUUGGACAGCAGCUGGCAGACCAAUGUUCGCAGAUGACAGCUAAAGCACGGACUGAGGGCAGGAAGGUGGAGUACCGAUUCAUGGUUGAGGUGUUUGGAUAG